GGGAAAUGCAAUUCUACCGGCGAUUUCUUUUAAUUUACUCUUCAGUCGCAUGCUUGAAUUGCUCGUUUGGAAAUCCAUUACUCGACCUUCUCCGAAGAGUUUGAUCUGCUUCGCUUUCAAGUUCGUUUCUGAUUUCUUCAAGUGAAAGCUUUUUGGAUGGGUGGAGUUAAAAGGAAUCUCCUUUUCGGCUCUGCUUUUAGUGCCCCUUUUCUCUUGCCUUGUUUGUUUGUUUGGUGUCCUUCUGCCGUGCGAAUCUGCAGCGCAGAGAUCAAGAGACGUGUCAAUUGAGCGUCUGGUUGGCCGAGAAAAAGUGACUAGAACAGUCGAUUGAUUGCGUUAGCGUUGAUGGACUUGUGGAAUUGGCCCGACUGCGAGUUUUCUGGACUAUCCACUCCUUACGUAAUCCCCUUCUCCCUGGUGGAUGCCUUUCGUCUGCAAGCAUGGAAGUGUAGUCAUCUCAUGUGUUGUGUGGGAGAUCUUUUAGCUUUAUUUCACCAUUUUGUCGCGUUAUUGAUGAUUGAGAAGUAAGUUCCGGAACAUGGGAUGCCUGUCUUCGAGACCAAAAGAUGCAGCUGGAAACAGGAGAAGGCCAGGGAACGUUGGAGAGGUGGCAGUGUUUGUGCCAGGCCUGCGAGUCCCUAAGGAUGUGGACUUCUUUCAGUCACUGGGUGACAGAUUGCCGAGGAGUUUAGUCGAACGCCUCUCAGCCCUGAGAACUAGAAUAGUAGUCAUGGCUGCUCAAGAGGCACCAACUGUGACGAAGCCUAGGAGGAAAACAGCCACGCAACAUGGAGGUUCGAGUUUGGCUGAUCUGCUGCAGGCUCUGGAAGACUACUUACCUGUCCUAUUGGGAUUGGUAAAAGAUGGAAGUCAACUAACAGAUAAAGUGCAGUUUGUAUGGGCUAACCAGGAGGAUAAUGAAGAGGAAACGAAAAUGGCAAAUGCUUGGUAUGAGGUGCUUUCAGUUCUGCACUUGAUGGCCAUGCUGUGUCUCUCUGAGGCCAACUCAUUGCUUCUUCCAAAAAUUUUUAGUGAUGGACGUCAGCUAAACGUAUCCGAAGAGAGCAGGAGGAACUCUAUUGAUAUAUUAUUGAAGGCAGCAGGUUAUCUCGAUUGUGCUAUUCAGCAUGUUUUUCCUAGACUUCCUCCUGAUCUUAGGAAAGAUCUUCCUGUUGACCUUGCUGAAGGAGUACUCCAAUCUCUUCGCAUGCAAGCAAUGGGUCAGAGUAUCGAUCUUCAACUAAGGAUGGCAAUGGGGAGUCCCAGGGCUACACUUGCUGUAAAAAGGAGAUUAGCAUGUGAGAUGGUCAAGUGCUGGCAUGAGGCUGAGAAUAACAUUACACAGUAUCCGUUAACUGAAGGUUGGGGAGGAAAGCAUCAACUCUUUAUUAAGUGGAAACAUGUUGAAGCGAAGGCUGCUGCUUAUUAUUUCCAUGGGUUAAUCCUUGACGAGGGAAACACAGAGAAAUCCCAUCGGAUGGCUGUCAAUGCUCUGCAAGUAGCAGAAGAGUUCCUUAAAGAAAGUAAGAGAGCGUCUGAGGCGUUCAAUAUGAUGCCUCCUACUUCAAGGAAUCCUCCUCCCUCGGGUUCUAUGAAGUAUUUGCACGAAAAAAUCUCCAAAGAUGUGUCCAGCAAGGUUCGGAUGAAUCAAGAUCUCUAUAGCCAAGACAGGAUCCUUGAGAGGGCACCAACAUUGCCAGAUUUUGCAGUGGCUCUGAAACCAGAUGACUAUCAACUUACUGCAUUGGAUCCUUUGUGGAACUAACGGCAUCGCGAGAAGGGAUAAUAAUAAUAAUAAUAAUAAUAAUAGAAGAUGUUAGCUCAGUAAUGUAUGUCUCAGCUUGAAAGAGGGAGGCUGACUCACCAAAAAGCUUGUGAGAAACCAACUCUCCUUCCAUUUAUCUUCCUUGUUCUGCUUUCUUCUCACUUGCGUUCUCUCCUUGCACAUCCUGUUUAUCUAAUAGAUCUGUUGUGUACAAAGCGUCACACAUUGCAUUUAAUGUGUAGAACUUUAUGCAACUUGUAUAAAACAUCUUUAUACAAUUCCAAAGUGGCAUCUACCUUUUUUUUC